CUUGGGAAUGCUAGUGACAGAUAAAAAUCCCUAGAAAUGGGGACGUCAACCUAACCUCAAAAUUAUGCCCUGUGCCAAUUUCUCCGCCAGAAAAUCUAAAAAUACCGCAAAUGCUCGGUAAAUCUAUUUCGAGCGUGACUUCAUGACUGAGAUGAGCCAAGCAGCGCCUUGGCAUGAGUCUAGGUUUCGAAUCGUUGGUGUCCCUCGUCUCAGCCUCUUGGAAGAAUCUAACCGUUCGAGUCCAGGAAUACACGAAAGAAACCGUGGAGCAUUUAAUCGUAGCCGUGUCCGUGUACAUCAUAGUAUGCGUGUUUUUGUACCUUUCCAUCUCUCGCUGGAAGAUAAUCCACUUCAAAAAAGACGUAAAAAACCCCCAUCGUGUUUUACUAGUAAUCGCACAUCCUGACGACGAAUGCAUGUUUUUUGGCCCCACUGUUUUGAACUUCACCAAACAGAACCAAUGUAAAGUGUUCCUGAUGUGUCUUUCGACAGGGCAAAAUUACGGACUGGGGAAAACCCGCAAACAGGAAUUGUACAAAUCGUGUCGCAUGCUGGGCAUUGACGAUAGCUGUAUCACGGUGUGCAACCACACGAACUUGCCCGAUCAAAUGGGGGCCAAAUGGCCGAUUGAAUUGGUCGCUAAAUUGAUUUUAAACCACGUGGAGACCUACAGCAUUGACACGCUUGUCACCUUUGAUAAACACGGAGUUAGCUAUCAUCUCAAUCACUGCAGUAUUUACUACGCGAUCGCUCAUCUCAGCAUUGAGAAAAAAUUGCCCAAGGAAUGUUCUGUUUAUGUUCUAGAGACUGUUAAUUUGUUGAGGAAGUAUUGGCUCCUGUUGGAUAUUCCCGUCUCGUUUCUUUUGUCCAGGAUAAGGUAUUUAGUGACUUCUGCAGACCGCGCUAUAAUCCACAAGGCCAUGAAACAGCAUCAGUCCCAAUUAGUUUGGUUUCGACGUCUCUAUAUGCUUUUCUCAAGGUAUAUGUUAAUUAAUUCGCUACAGUUAAUGGAAUUGUCGGAUAUAGAAUUAGAUUUAGAAAUAGACGACUAAAUUUAUAUCACUCUAGACGAAACAAAGUUUCAACUUUUAUAUAUCAACUUGUAAAUACAAACCUACCUCUUGAUUUUUGUUGUUUUUGUGCCAAAGUCUAUGCUUCUUUGUAAGUUUUUAUGAAUUUUAAUAAAAUUAUGUUUCUA